AUGGUCGUGGUUGACCCCAAUCUCUCUGUCCAGACUGAAAGGUUACUGCUCCGCCCGCUGCGCCUCGAGGAUGCCGAGGACGUGUUGUUGAUGCGCAGGCAUCCUGAGGUCAUGAUGCAUACGUCGAUCCUGCCUUCGGACAACAUGGAGUCCACAAAAGCAUGGAUCCAAGGGUGCCACCAGGUUGAGCAGAAUUGGAACUUUGCCAUCGUCCUCCUGGAACCCCACGACGGCCCACGUGUCAUAGGCCUCAUUGGUGCUGUACGCGCCCCGGAGAUCGGAUACAUGUUCAACGCGUCGUACUGGGGACAUGGGUACGCGACGGAAGCGUUGCGAGCCUUUAUGCCGCUCUUCUUCGAGCACUACUCUGGCUGCAGGCCCGCAGAUCACCAGGCAGGGGCAUCGCGCGACGACGCAUCGAGCAAUGGGGAUUCGGGCAGCGGGCAUGCAACAAACGGGGGCGGCUCCAAUGGCUGCUCCAACAAGACGGAGAGGCUCGCCCCGCGAUACGACUAUGCGGAGGCACACACGGAUCCCGACUUGGUCUCUAGUCAGAACGUAUUGACAAAGGUUGGCUUCAGGCUGCACGAGAGAAAGGAGAGAGACUUUGAGAAUCCGGUGCUAGGGAUAAGAGACACGUUGGUCUACAGGAUGUACAGAUCUGAUGUGCGAGGCGCCUCUGCAGUCAAAACUGCAUGA